AUGUAUUUGAUAAAUUGGUCAAAUAUCGCUCGUUGUCUUGCAUCAUGGAAUAAAUACAUCUAUCUAUCUAUCUAUCUAUCUAUCUAUCUAUCUAUCUAUCUAUCUUUCUCAUCUGUUCAUAUCUAUCUAUCUAUCUAUCUACCUAUCUAUCUAUCUAUCUAUCUCAGUCUGUUUAUAUCUAUCUAUCUUCUGUUCAUAUCUAUCUAUCUAUCUAUCUAUCUAUCUAUCUAUCUAUCUAUCUAUCUAUCUAUCUAUCUCAGUCUGUUUAUAUCUAUCUAUCUGUCUGUCUGUUCAUAUCUAUCUAUCUAUCUAUCUAUCUAUCUAUCUAUCUAUCUAUCUAAGUGUGUUAAUAUCUAUCUAUCUAUCUAUCUAUCUAUCUAUCUAUCUAUCUAUCUAUCUAUCUAUCUGACCCUCUUCAAAUCUAUUUAUCUGGAUUCACAAUUCUUCGAUAUUCUUGUUAAACUCAGCAUUAUUUCGGAUUUUUUCCAUUCUUUCCAUUCUGACUCAUCAAAGAACAUUGCUCAUUCUUUUGCUGUUUCUUUCUUAUCUUUCUUUUAUGUCAUCAUCCCCAACCCCCGACGGUCUCUGCGCCUUUCUCUCUCCUUCCCUACCCGGCUCCGUUUUGAUCGCCGCCCCGUCAACAUUCUUUUUAUUUCCUCCUCACUUAUUUCCAUUUCCUAUCCGUUCCAUUCAGCACCUCUUGCCUCGUUUUCAGACUCACCCUACUCCUCGCCCCUCCCUCCCCCCUCCCUUUCACUCGUCUCGGUAGCCCCUACCUCUUCCUUUCUGUUCCUAUCUAUAUAUAUCUAUCUGAAUUUGUCCAUAUCUAUCUAUCUAUCUAUCUAUCUAUCUAUCUAUCUCAGUCUGUUCCUAUCUAUCUAUCUAUCUAUAUAUGUAUCUAGUCUGCUCCUAUCAAUCUCUCUCUCUCUAUCUAUGUAUCUAUAUCAGUCUGUUCCUAUCUAUCUAUCUAUCUAUCUAUCUAUCUAG